CCGGGAAGGAGCGCCAUCCGCGGGCCGGGCUUCCCUUUUCCCUUCGGAAAGCAGCCGGCCUUCCUUUCCUCCCGGUGUCCGUGGUGGGAGAGCGCGCGCGCUUCCGGUGCCGGGCCCGGAACGUGUGUGGCGGGGGCGGGGUUUCCGGGGGAGCGUCCUCGGUGUGGCACCGCCGUCUCCCUCCUGAAGCGUUUCCUCGCUCGCCUGUUCCUCUCGGCCGGUGACGGGCGGGCCUGGCGGGCGGAUGGCUCCGGAGGCCUGAGGAGGCCGCGGGCGGAGGCGGGCGGAGGCCAGGAUGGAUCCCGGCGGAGGGGGCGCCUGCCCCAGGCCCAUCGGGGGAAGCGGAGGCAGCGGCGGAGGCGGCGGCGGCAGCGGGGGAAGCGCGCCCAGCAAGCCCAGCCUCCAGGUGGUCUACCAGGCCGUGCAGGCCCUCUACCACGACCCGGACCCCAGCGGCAAAGAGCGCGCCAGCCUCUGGCUCGGGGAGCUCCAGAGAUCGGUCCACGCAUGGGAGAUCUCUGACCAGUUGCUGCAGAUCCGGCAGGAUGUGGAGUCGUGCUACUUCGCCGCCCAGACUAUGAAGAUGAAAAUCCAGACCUCGUUCUAUGAGCUCCCCACGGACUCCCAUGUCUCCCUACGGGACUCCCUGCUCUCCCACAUCCAGAACUUGAAAGACAUGUCCCACGUCAUUGUCACACAGCUUGCAUUAGCCAUAGCAGACCUCGCCCUACAAAUGGCCUCUUGGAAAGGCUGCGUGCACACACUGGUCGAAAAGUACAACAAUGACGUGACGUCGCUGCCCUUCUUACUGGAAAUCCUGACGGUGCUCCCGGAAGAGGUCCACAGCCGGUCCUUGCGCAUCGGAGCCAACCGCCGCACUGAGAUCAUCGAAGACCUGGCCUUCUACUCCAGCACAGUGGUCUCUUUGCUGGUGACCUGUGUGGAGAAGGUGGGCAACGACGAGAAGAUGCUCAUCAAGAUCUUCCGCUGCCUGGGGAGCUGGUUCAACCUGGGCGUCCUCGACAGCACCUUCAUGGCCAAUAGCAAGUUGUUGUCGCUCCUCUUUGAGGUUCUGCAACAAGACAAGACGUCGUCUAACCUUCACGAAGCCGCUUCGGACUGCGUCUGCUCCGCUCUCUACGCCAUCGAGAACGUGGAAACCAACCUGCCUCUGGCCCUGCAGCUCUUCCAGGGAGUCCUGACUCUGGAGACAGCUUACCACAUGGCUGUGGCCCGCGAGGAUUUGGACAAGGUUCUGAAUUACUGCCGGAUCUUUACCGAACUCUGUGAAACCUUUCUGGACAAAAUUGUUUGCACGCCGGGCCAGGGCUUGGGGGACUUACGGACAAUCGAGCUCCUCUUGAUCUGUGCAGGCCACCCGCAGUACGAGGUGGUGGAGAUUUCCUUCAACUUCUGGUACCGGCUGGGGGAGCACCUUUACAAGACGGAAGAUGCCAUCAUCCACAGCAUUUUCAAGGCCUACAUCCAGAGGCUCCUUCAUGCGCUCGCACGGCACUGUCAGCUGGAUCCAGACCAUGAAGGGAUCCCUGAGGAGACAGACGACUUUGGGGAGUUCCGGAUGCGGGUCUCGGAUCUGGUCAAGGACUUGAUCUUCUUGGUUGGUUCGGUGGAAUGUUUUGCCCAGCUUUACGCAACCCUAAAGGAAGGCAACCCUCCCUGGGAAGUGACAGAAGCCGUGCUUUUCAUCAUGGCCUCCAUUGCCAAGAGCGUUGACCAGGAGAACAACCCAACGCUGGUGGAGGUCUUGGACGGCGUGGUGCGCCUCCCCGAAUCAGUGCACGUGGCUGUCCGGUACACGAGCAUUGAGCUGGUGGGCGAGAUGAGCGAAGUCGUGGACAGGAACCCCCAGUUCCUUGAUCCGGUGCUUGGCUACUUGAUGAAGGGCCUGUGUGAGAAGACGCUGGCCUCCGUCUCUGCCAAAGCCAUCCACAACAUUUGCUCCGUGUGCCGGGACCACAUGGCCCAGCACUUCAACGGCCUGCUGGAAAUCGCCCGCUCCCUGGACUCCUUCAUGCUCUCCCCGGAUGCGGCCGUGGGGCUCCUUAAAGGGACUGCGCUGGUGCUGGCAAGGCUUCCUCUGGAGAAGAUCUCGCCGUGUCUCGGCGAACUUUGCGCCGUUCAGGUCAUGGCGCUGAAAAAGCUGCUCUCUCAGGAGCCAAGCAAUGGCCUCUCCUCCGACCCCACCGUUCCCCUCGAUCGCCUUGCUGUCAUAUUUAGGUCCCUUUUUUCUCUCUCUGCUUCCUCUGAUAGGCAUACCAACCCUAUUGUAGAGAAUGGGCAGACCCACCCGUGCCAAAAAGUCAUCCAGGAGAUCUGGCCUGUCCUGUCAGAGACCCUGAACAAACACCGUGCCGAUAACCGCAUUGUGGAACGCUGCUGCCGAUGCCUGCGUUUCGCCGUCCGCUGCGUCGGCAAAGGGUCGGCAGCGCUCUUGCAGCCGCUGGUCACUCAGAUGGUGAGCGUCUACCAGGAGCACCAGCACUCCUGCUUCCUCUACCUGGGCAGCAUCCUCGUGGACGAAUACGGCAUGGAAGAAGGAUGCCGCCAGGGGCUGCUCGACAUGCUGCAGGCGUUGUGUGUUCCCACCUUCAGGCUCAUUGAGCAACCCAACGGCCUCCAGAACCAUCCGGACACAGUGGACGACCUCUUCCGGUUGGCAACCAGGUUCAUCCAGCGCAGCCCCGUCACGCUGCUCCGCAGCCAGGUGAUCCUCCCCAUCCUGCAGUGGGCCAUUGCCGCCACCACCUUGGACCACCGCGAUGCCAACUGCAGCGUCAUGAAGUUCCUGCGCGACCUGGUCCACACGGGGGUGGCCAACGAUCACGAAGAGGACUUUGAGGCCCGGAAGGAGCUCAUUGGGCAAGUGAUGACCCAGCUGGGCCAGCAGCUCGUGAGCCAGCUCCUGCACACCAGCUGCUUCUGCCUGCCGCCUUACACCCUGCCGGACGUGGCCGAGGUGCUCUGGGAGAUCAUGCAGGUCGACAGGCCGACUUUCUGCCGUUGGCUGGAGAACUCCUUGAAGGGCUUACCAAAGGAGACCUCGGGGGGAGCCGUGCAAGUGACGCACAAGCAGCUGACGGACUUUCACAAGCAAGUCACAAGCGCUGAGGAGUGCAAACAGGUUUGCUGGGCUCUGAGAGACUUCACCAGACUGUUCCGGUAGCCUGCGUCUCCUUCACUCUGCCUGUCUCCCAGGAAUGUCUUAUUUUCAGAAGAGGAAAUAAAACAACCCAGACGGCGCCCCACAACCAGCAGCAGCAGCAGACUUCUCCUUGCGGCCCAAGGGCUCCGACUCGCUCGGGGAGCCCGCCAACCCAGACGAGAGACUUCGCCGCGAGUGAAGAGUCGGUGAAGACCCUGCUUGUGAGUGAGAGAGAGAGAGAGAGAGAGAGAGAGAAUAAAAAGAGAGAGAGAGGGAAGGAAGGAAGGAGGAAAGCGAAAAAUCCACAUUUUAAAUAAACCCGGGGUUUAAGGGGUGGGGCGCGCGAACCUUAUCUGCGACUACGGAUGGCUGCAACUGACCUUACGGCAUCAAUCGCGGGGAGGGAGGGGGAAACUGCUUUUCCAGAUGGACUUGCUUUAAAAUAAAAAGAGAGAGAGAAAUGGAGGAAAGAGAGAGGGAAAAAAACAUACAUAAAAAGGAGUAAAAAAAAGUUAAAAAAAAAUACCGAAACGGAUAAGAGGAGGAGAAAAGUCAGAGAAUAAAUUUGCUUGGCAGCAAAAACUAAAAAAAACAAACAAAAAAACAAAACAAAAAAGAGAAAAGGAAUAAUAAAAACGUUUUAAAAAAACCAAACUAAGCAACAAGGUUAUAGAAAACUUUCUGUGAAAUGAAAAUAAUAAAAGAAUAAUAACUUCAGGAUCCGUGGGAUUGGAAAACGAGACAAGGCAUUCUCAAUCGGAAACCCAUUGUGAGCCCUGCGGGGGGAGAGAGAACGAGAGGGGAGUCCCAGUUUUAAAUGUUCCCUUUUUUAUUUUAUUUCAAUUUUAAUUUUAAUUUCAUUUUUUUGCAAAUUUUCCUUCCUGAUUUCCAGAGCUCGGCCUCCCAUUCCCAAAAAAUCCCAGUGGGUGGGGAGGGGGAAAAAAGGAGAUUUUUUAUCAUCUGCGAGAAGGGCGGUUGAGCAACCUGGAAGCCCCUUUAAGGGGAUCGAUCCCACCAGUCCAUUGCUUACGUUGAUGAACUCUUAUAAUAUAUAUUAUAUUAUAAAUAACAUAUAUAUACAUAUUUUGUUUUUUUUUUCUUUUCCAAGUUGAUUUUGGGAUUCUCUUUUAUUUUAUUUUUUUAAAUUUGGUUUCAAUUCGUUUGGGAAUUAUUAUUUUUUUUCUGUUCCUUUCUCUUUUUAAAAACCAUGGCAGGGAGGGGGAAAGAGAGGCGGGGCUCUGGAGAAAAGCAGGAAGGGGCGGGACUUGGCGGGGCGGGGCAGGCGUGUCGUUGGACCGAUCCGGCGCAGGAAGGAAGGAAGGAAAAGAGGAAGGGAGGGAGGGACGUUUCCCUGCGCAGACCGCGAUUGUGCGAUUGCGAGAAAGAGGGGCAGAGGGGAUGCUGUUCCGUCUGGUGUUGUAGCCAUCUCGAGAACAAGGGGGGAAAAACACACACAAAAAAAGACAAUAAAAACAGACAAAACGUUAAAACGGG